AUGCAAUCUCCAAAACUGCCAAUUCUCGCCCAAAAACAGGUAUAUAUCAGGAUCAAGCGAAUAAAUGCCGAGAUAGCGCAAUUGAAAGCAGUUCUAAAGAAGGAGCACGUCUGUGUUUCCAAUGCUGGGUACAACAUCAUCGAUUAUUGCCUAGCCCACCCUGACUAUUAUCUCAUCACCGAAAACAAGAUAGAUCCUGGCACCGUGGGCACCAACCCCUAUUAUUUAGGUACCAAACACCACUUGGGCGACGCCACCGGUGACAGUAAUGAGUGCUGUGUGGUUAUGUGA